UCGCGAGACUUUCACUAGUCUGGGGUUACCAUCUAGGCACGACCACGGGAGUGGGCUACAUUAGAGAAAUAAUUAUGUAAUGAAAAACGUGCUUUGUUUGUUUACUUUCAUUGUUUCUAACUGCAGUGUCUGAAUUAUUAAAAAAGCUGAUAUAAAGCUAAGUCGUCGAUGUGGCGCCAACACCAGCGUUUGUUUUAAUUCAUGGACAAAGACAAGUGUAGCGACAUUCAUGCUUGCUCCUGGAUGGAGAUGCAUCAGUUCAUUGGCGACAUUAUCACAUCUGGAAGCACCUCGAAGGACCAGCCAGAUGUGGUAAACCCAGCGUGGGGCGUGGCUGGAACAGAGGCUGUGGGGUUCAAAGGUGCUUCACAUGAACCUUUUCAACUAGCUCGACCUGCUCGGGACAAGACAGAGGCAGAGCCAGGCCGUCAGGUCCAGCCUGGGGCAGCACAGAGGAAGGGAGAGGCCAGAGAUGGGAGAGAAGAUGUGCAUCAUGCCUGCACCUGCCCUGGCUGCCCUUACUCCAGUUCUUCUCCUUCCUUUGAGACUCUACAACCCAGACAACCUCCGUCCUCAUCGCCGCGCUCAGAUGCAGUGCGCCAUCCCAAAGACCUUAGCAGUGCUGCUCCACUGAACUUAAACAUGAACAACGAACCAAGCAGCACGACCACAGCUGAGCUAGAUACCAGGCCAUCCAGCCCUAGGACUCAGAACCCAGACCGGAACUCUGAAACUCCUCCAUCCAGAGUGUCCUCAGGUUCCUUGAACCACCUCACCAUGUUUCCCUGCUUGUGCUGCCGCCGCGGCUUACAACCCUGCACCCAGAUUCUGAGCCACCAGGAAGGCACAGACUCCCCUUUUUCUCACACCCAUGCCCAUCAUCAUUUUCAUCACCACCACUGCCCUAUAAGCUCCUGUCUUCCCUGCCCUCAGCUCUCUGCUCCUUUCCCCUGCUUGUCUUGCCAGCAUUCCUUUCCUGCCUGCACUCAGGAAGAGAGAGGCAGGACAGUGACGACUCUGUUGUCGCUGCACCCUUGCAUGCACUGCUCUGCCUCUUUUUCCAGACCCUCCCAACUGCUGCAGCACCAGCGCACCGAGCACGCUCACAAACCCUCCGGCUUUCUCUGCACAGAGUGCGGCAGGGCCUUCAACUCACACAGCAAUCUCCGUAUCCACCUCAACGUGCACACUGGCGCCCGGCCGUACACCUGCUCCGAGUGCGGGAAGAGUUUUAGCCAGUCAGGGGCUCUGAAGAUCCACAGACGGAUUCACACAGGUGAGAGGCCAUACUCCUGUGGCUUCUGCGGCAGGGGGUUUCCCCAUCUGGCAGGAGUCCGGGCCCACCAGAGGACCCACACAGGAGAGAAGCCCUACCGCUGUAGCCAGUGUGGGAAAUGUUUCACCCAAUCUGGAGCCCUGAAGAUCCAUACCCGCAUCCACACAGGUGAGAGGCCCUUUAUCUGCAGUGUCUGUGGAAAAGGCUUCGCCAACCGCUCUGGGAUCCGCUUCCACUACCGCACAGUCCACGGGCUGGCCCCUGAACAUGCUGGAGAAGCUGGGGGUGCAUAUCGGGGAUCAGCAGGUCGUGGUUGUCCGCCUGGACGUCCCAGGACUUUUCCUCCCGCCAGCACAGGGCUAAACACACCUAAUAGCUCAGAUAGCAACUCGCAUACAGCUCUAACUUCCAGAGAGCCUCCAUUGUCAACUGCCCUGCUCGGUGGAGAUGAGAGCAAGUCUCAGUCAGAGGGAGCAAACCCAGGCGGUAACAGAGAAGGGCUGCUGUAUGCAUGUGAGGACUGUGGCCUGCGUUUUAAGGAUGCUCCCUCCAGGAACAGACACCAGACCUUAGUUCACUACUCCUCUGAGGGGAGACAGGAGGAGGGGGGACAGAGGAAAGAGUUGAGCACAAACAGUGGAGAGUAAAUUGAUGUUGCUGGAACAUUACAGCAGGCUGAACAUCACAAAAGUAAAAAAUGUUUGUAUUAACAUAAAAUGUAGGUGUUGAAAUUAUGUGUAAAAAUAUAUUCUUUAGUUAAGUGUUACUUAAAAGUAUUGCACUACCUUUCAAGCUAUUGUAUAGACUGAAAUCCAAAUUUUUAAAUUGCAAAUUUAAUUUCUAACAGCUUAAAGGAUUUUCAGGAGAAAUUCUGUAUAUAUAUAUACACUUUUUUAGCAUCUAAUUGAUGAAAAACUGAUUUGAUAGGAGUUAAUAUCUCGGAUUACUUUGACUGAUUUCUGUUAGUGAGUUGUCUAAUCUGUGCAGAUUUAGCUUUAAGUCUAUAUCAAAAUGACCUUAAACACCUUGCUGCUGAAAUCACACUCCAGGCCCACUUUUUUCUUAACACAGUUGUUUUAUUGUGCCUUAUUCAGCUGUGGAAGAGGUAUUCCCCCUUGUAUUACAGCAAAUUAAUUGUCAAAUGUGACACCACGAGGCAUUUACAAACAUUCUGUGGGUCUGUUAGUUACAUUUUCAGAUAUAAUGAAAGACAACCACUGCCGUAGACCCUUAUACAAAAGACCUUGUACCAGGAAAAAGUACAAUUUUAUAAAUACAAAACUGUUUUGUAUUUUUCUUUUAGGAUGAUCAGUGUGUCAGCAAUUUCAUAUUGGUUUAUUUCAAUGAAGUAAAAUAAUCAGUGGCAGAGAAUCCAAAGGAUUUUUGACAUUUAAAGUUAAGUGAGACAUUUAAGUGGGGAGUUAAUUUUACUUAAGUGUUUUUCAGUUGUGGGAAAGUUGCCAUGCAGUAACAGAAGUCUAACAAGUAACAGGAAGGUUUUAUAAUAGUGAUGUAAUUAUUUUAUGGACUGGUGGGAAACACCAUGACAACAGCUCUGGAGUUUGGUUGAGGUAUCUAUGUCUUGCUCCAGGGCACUGCAGUAGGUGGAAUCGAAAGGGAUUUAGUCCGUGUGAGGGAAAAGUCUCCCUGUUGUGCCUUUCUUUGUAUAAUAAAAAACACAAUUUAUUUUUAACCAGUAUUUGUUAUUAUACUAUGUAUAUUAGAAAUGUGCGAAAGUUAUCUGAGGAGUAAGAACCAGCACACAAAUACUGUUUGACACAAUCCAAACGUUUAAGGCUCAACAGAGCCCCCUAGUGGUUAAAUAUAAUCAUAGCAACAAUAUCAACCACUGUGUUAACAGUGUACCAUUUAUAGUGCUUCUUACAUGUUUCUCAACAAAACAUGUUAAAUUUAUAUAUUGUAAAUAAAAUGUCAUAUUGUGAUGACAAUUAACAUACCCUAUUCACUUUUUCUCCAUUAACAUGAUAAUUAGACCAAAGCAUACAUUGUUAGUUGUAUGUGUUGUCUGAAAGUGCAGCAUGUGAUUGAACAUUUCAUGAAUAAACAAUAUCUCUGGAACACUG